CAUCACGCAAUGACUUGCGAAGUGAGGCUUGCUGUCAAAACCAAUGUACUCCAUACUCUGCUGAGUGGCACUAUUGCUCCUCCACUGCUCACGGCCUAUCCUUGGAACAUACACCUGCCGGCAUAGCAUAGUCAAAGUCUGCGGAUCUAUUGUACCCACUCACCGGAUGCACGGAACAUGCUGCUGACGCAAUUCCGACCCAACUGUCUAUCACAUCAACCAAAUCGUGACUCAACAAGCCAUCUGACAGGUCAUGGGCAAGGUACGCCAACUUCAGGGCCGGCAUUCUUGUUGGGUCAAGUGCUCAUUGUUUGUUUGUUGGCAUACCAAAUGAGCGCCUGUGAUUUGGCCGCGUGGUACAGCGAUGACAGCAGCAGGGGUUGCCUGUUGAUUGGUCAUUCUUUAUAUUGGGCACCUAGCGCCAUAUAUAGGACACCUGGAACAGGGGGAAGGACUGAAACGUUGCGCGCUUUACUCAAACUCUCCGGCUUAAUAUGUCGUUCAACCCCGGUGAGAAUUUAUAUGUCAACAAUGAUGAUAAGCGUGAUGGGCAACCUCCCUAUUCCUCUCAACCCCAACCCACUCUGAACCCGUUGCCUCUGCCUCUGCCUGUGCAAAUGCUGUCGACCCAAAGUGAUCUUCCCGUCUAUCCUGGUCAAUUGGGCCCUAUCGCGGUGUUCAACCCUGUGCCACCAUAUAGGAUCCAUAUCCCCGUGUCAGCCCCCCUGGCAGUGUCAUCCCAGGUGCCACGAGUUGCCACCGAGCAUAGCAAGCUAAACGGGAAGGAGAAGGAAAAGCCAAAUGAGAAGGGAACAAAAGAUUUUGAGUACCAGUUCACUCUGAACACAAUGGAUCCCAAGAAGGAGGAUGAGACUGUAUUCUUUGUUGAUUCAAAAUCUCGACCACCCGAAGAAGUUCUUCACGAGAUUUUAAGUAGGAUGGAGGUGGACCUUGCUGCCCAUCGCAUUGGUUAUCGUCUCUCUGAUGAAAAGGAAUCGAUCUGGACACGUAUUAACAAUAUAGAGGAUUUUACCCGUGCGAUUGAGGCUCAACGCGAAAUUCAGUCCCGAGCAUACAAGACCAAAAAAUUACGCAUUAUCAAUAAGGAUGCAGUCAGGAAGGAAGUUCGAGUCGUUGCGAUCAAAAAACGGAGCACAGCCACAGCCACCACAACUGCUUCUGCGCGUCAUGUAAUAUAUGAGGAACUUUGCAAGAAGCUCUGGUGCAAUGGAUGCUUUAAACAUUGCUAUCGCCACCCUGAUGUGGAAUUCCGUCAUUUGCAUUUGGACAAGGAGGCAAUUGCUGUCUGGGCAAAGGCGAUGACUGAUGGUGUCAAGGGAGUCUCAUUCACCCAACCACCCAAUAGUCAUUUGUUUAGUGCCUUGCUUCUCAAACGCCAAAAAAAUGACCAUCACACCCGGAAGCGCUCGCGCUCAGCCAACACUCCCCCUCUGUCCCCAAUCCCAGCUAAGCGCUGGAAGCCUCUUG